AUGGCACCCCGAACCAAAGCAGAUGCGAAUCUCCUCUUCCUCUUUGUGUGUCUGCAGCACGUAGGCGAUGGCUCGAUUGACUUUCGGGCCGUAGCUGAAGCUACCAACCUAAACGUUCCAGCCGCACGCAUGCGCUACACUCGCCUGAAGAAAGCUCUUGAUACCGAGAUCAUCAACGGAGCUGUCGAUCUGACCAAAACUGGCGACUCUGGUGAUGCAUCUGAGCCCUCGUCGUCUCCAGCCAAGACAGCGACUCCCGUGAAGAAGCAGCGGGCAUACAAGCGUAAGAAGACACAUUCAAGUUUGAUAUUUACGGGGGCGAAGACACCAUUGCCCAAGAGUGAUUGA